AUGGAACAACUACAGGAUCCAGUUAUGGAAGAAGAUGCAAAUAUUAAAGCUAUUAGCGAAGAGUACAGGAAAGCCUUUAUUUUUAUCAAUAAAGCACUGAAUACAGAUGAACUGGGUCAGAAGGAGGAGGCAAGAAAUUAUUAUAAGCAAGGACUUGACCACUUGCUCCGAGGAGUCAGCAUUCCAUCGCAGGGUCCUGCAUGUGUAGGGUCCCAGUGGGAGUCUGCCAGGCAAAUGCAACAGAAGAUGAGGGAGACCCUCCGAAACGUUCACACUCGACUCGACAUUCUAGGACAAAACACCCCAACUGUACAAGCAAGUCCUGCUGCGAUGGAUGCCCCUGCUGGCGUGCCCAAGUUGUACCCAUCCAUUCCUUCCAAAGAAAAGCCGGAAAGACCCCCAGCCCCUAAUGCUCUGUUUGUACCAAGUCAGCCACCUGCAGCAGAUGGAAGUGUUGCAACUGUGAGCCAGGGGCAAAUUCCAGCUAUGAGUCCAUCGGCUGCAAAACCUCUUUGUCUGCCAAAUGAAGCACCUCCUGCGUAUACUCCUCAAGCUACCAAUGGCCAUUUUACUGUGUCUUAUGGCACAGACUCUGGGGAGUUUUCUUCUGUAGGUGAGGACUACUACAGUAAGUGUAUUCAGCCACCUCCCCUUGAAAACCUGGGAGUGGAUGCAGAUGAGCUGAUCUUGAUUCCCCAAGGAGUACAGAUAUUCUUUGUGACUCCUGAUGGGCAGGUUAGUGCUCCUUCAUAUCCUGGAUAUCUACGCAUUGUGAAGUUCUUGGAUACAGAUAGUGAGAUGGCCCAGAAUCGUCCACCUGCGUUUCUUCAGAUUUGUGACUGGUUUUAUCCUCUAAUGUGUAACCAGUCUCCUGUUCUGUGCUGCAAUACUGGAGUCUACAUGUUCCCUGACAUGAUGUCCCAGAUACCAGGGUCCUAUGUGGGAGUAGUGCUGUCUUCAGAACUUCCAGCAGCUGACAGAGAGCUCUUUGAGGAUCUCUUAAAACAGAUGUCUGACCUUCGAAUCCAGGUGCCAGGAUCCCAUGAGAGAGUAGGGUUAUCUUCACAGCUCCCAGCAACCGAGAGAGCACAUUUUGAAGAUAAAUUUAAACAGAUGUCUGGCCAUAAAGUCCAGCCUUCAGAAGCCUCUAGCGAUGCAAUUAACUUGCCUCAGACUGUACAUAUACAACCACAACCUGAAGGAGCGGAAAACCAGAAAGAGUUGCCAGAAUGGAGUGAGAAAGUUGCCCGUGGAAUCUUAUCAGGUGCAUCUUGGGUAAGCUGGGGCCUAGUAAAAGGAGCAGAAUAUACUGGUAAAGCUAUCCACAAAGGAGCUUCUAAACUGCGAGAACACAUUCAACCAGAAGAAAAACCUCUGGAAGUCAGCCCAACUGUAGCAAAGGGGCUUCACGUAGCAAAACAGGCUACCGGUGGAGCUGUGAAAGUCAGCCAAUUCUUAGUUGAGGGAGUGUGUUCUAUAGCAAGCUGUGUCGGAAGGGAGCUGGCUCCACACGUGAAGAAGCAUGGCAGCAAAUUAGUUCCAGAAUCCCUUAAGAAAGAUAAAGACGGCAAAUCCACUUUUGAUGGUGCUCUGGUGGUAGCAGCAAGUGGAGUUCAAGGGUUUUCAACAGUGUGGCAAGGUUUAGAAAGUGCAGCUAAGUGCAUUGCUAAAAGUGUUUCAACUGAGACUGUAAAAACUGUGAAAUACAAGUAUGGAGAUGAUGCUGGACAUGCUACAGACAACGCAAUGAAUUCUGCAAUCAAUGUUGGUGUGACAGUGUUUAACAUUGACAAUAUUGGUAUCAAAGCUGUUGUAAAGAGAACUGCGAAGGAAACCGGCCAUGCUGUGUUAGAUGAAUAUAAAGUAUUGGAUAAUGAGAAGAAGGAUAAAAAAUGA